UUCAAUGGUGAUUGGUGACUAAAGAGCCAGGACUAUAAUCCUCUGUUUCUUAUAUAUUUAUUCAUUUACUUCAAUUUACUUAAAAUUUUGGAACAAAAUCAAUAAAAUGAAUGACAACGAAAAAGAGGAAGCUGCAAAUUUGAAAGACGAGUUUGAAUGGGUUCUUCGUGAGGAAGUUCACGCUAUAUUACAUCAACUACACUCAGUUCUAGUGGAAUGUGCACAUCGUUUUCCAGUCCCACUAUAUGGGAAUGAAGGACAAAAACAAGACAAAUUUAUAUUAACAUCUCAACCAGAACAACUGAAGUGUGUUGUCACCCUUACAGGAGAUAGUAUCACUCAUGCAGAUAUAAGUUUUAAAGUAUUAAGGCAGAUGCACACAAUAUGCAAGACCUCAAUUAACCAGGAUGGGCCGUGGAAACUGCAACAGAUACAGGAUGCUGCUAAUCAUUUACAACAAGCCAUUGGCUAUAUAGAUAAUGUUGAUAAACAUUAUGUAUUCAGGUCAUCUGAAGAAGUGCUUCAUAUAAUACAGUGCUUGCUAGGAUCCUUACAAAGAGCUAGAACAGCUCUUGUGUUACCUAAGAAAAAGGCUAUCGAUGAGUUAAUGAAGAGUAGAAAUAUGAAAGCAUUAUCUCCAAAUUUGCCAGAAGAUCUUGCAAUAUCUUUCUACAUACAGUCCCAUAAAUUGAUAUUUGUGGCGUAUCAGCUUAGUUUGGUUCAUGGAAGUAUGCGCAUUGACUCAUGUCAAGCCGACUGUGCCGUACCAUGGCUAAGCGACGUCCUGUUCAUGUUAACGGCCGCUUUGCAUAUGUGUCAACAACUUAAAGAUAAGCUCUGUGUGUUUUCUCAGUACAAGGAUUUUACUGUUGGAUCCAGAUCUGCCUCUAUGAUAUUCAAUUAAAAAUAUAUAUUUAUUACAUACAUUUGUCAAUAUAGUUUCAUAAAAUAAAAAAGAAAGUCAUCAUGUCUAACUGAAAGAUUAUGCAUAACUAGAUCGCUAAGUUAUUGAAACUAUGUUGAUAAAUGUAAACAAAACAUCCGUUUAAUAAAAUUAUUGAGUCCAUUGUUGAUGUUCUUGUUGACUUUGUUGUAAUGUUUGUAAUAUAUUCGUAGUUAUGAAAAAUUUUAGGCAUAUUUAACAUGUGUGGGAUGUAUUUAAUUUAUUUAUUUUCCGUUCUGCCAUUUAUAUACGACAUAGGUGCUUUGAGCGAAUGGGAAGUAUAUUAUAAUGUAAAAUCUUUUCAUUAUGGAUGCACAAAAAAUAGUUGUCAAUUGUAAUAUAGUUAUUUUGCGUAAUGUAUAUAAUAAAAUUAUAAUUCUGAUUUUGAACGUAUUAAUAUAAAUGAUUUUAUAAAUAAGAGGCUAUUCCUUUAAUAAGUUUUUUCGGCAGAUCUACAAAUAUUAAUAUUAUAACAAUAAUAAUUUAUUAUAGAAUUAGAUAAUAUAGAUACACAACAUUUUCUUUAGAUCUGAAUGUUCGCUUUACCCAUGAAGUGGGUAAAAUAUUAGUAUUCUUUCGGUUUCGGUUAUUUCUUAACAUAAAAUUAAUGUUCAUUCUAGUUUUCAUGUGUAUUUUAGUCAAAAUAAUCUAACAAAGAAUGUAUUAUAUUUGUGGUUAUGUGUCAAUGACCUAAUUUUGUAUAAAAUAUUAUUUGAUGUACCAUUUUAUGUCAGAAAUUGUGCAUAAUGCGUUUAAUAUAAAUAAUGAAGUAAUGAAAUUAGAAAACCUUUAAACUUGUAAUAAGUCUGGCAAAGAUUAUGGUCUGUAAACAAAAGUAGCAGAGCAGAAUAGAGAAGGUUUGAUACGAUGCUAAUGCCUUCAUCAUAACUAAAAAAGCAUAUGAAAUUAGUGGAAAAGUAAGGCUACCUCAAUAAAAUGCAUGCUAUAAAAAAAUUCAUCACAAAAUUGUUACUUUGAUGUUAUUUAAGGUACAUGUGAUCUUUGUCAGACAUUUAUUUUUGGUUCAAUGAUGCAUUUUUAUAAUUAUAGCAAUGAUGGAUAAAAAUGUGAUAAUACUUAUAAGUACAUUGCUUGUAUGCAUGUAUAAUAUGUACUAAAAAUAGUAUUAAUUUAGUUACCAUCUCAUUAUGAGCAAAUAGUAUUUGUAUGAAUAGGUAUAUUUAAAAGAUAAUAAUUACCUCAAUUUUUUUUUGCCCAGUGUUGCUUAACAUUAUUAUUUUUAAAUAUAAUCGCUACAGCUGUAAUGUAAAGGAAUGAAGGAAUUGGUAAAAUGACUUAAAUAUAGAGCACUAUUAUAUUUAUCUAUAAUUAUAACUGAGCACUUUCCAAAUAUUACUAAUAAAUUUAUAUAAUGUGUAAUUUAUUUUAUCUCGAUGUUUCUUCACAAUGUAAAGAGAAAAUCUAUAACUUUUAACCCUUUGUCUUUUUCCUAUUCUCAUUAACAUUUCCAUACCAACUAAAUUAUUAUGAGCUCAUUAAUGAUUAUUUAUUUGACAUGUUUGACAAUAAAAUAAUUAAUAGUAUUACUAAAAUAGGUAUUUAAAACAUAUAUUACAAUUCUUGUGGUCGUGUUGUAUUUCAAUAAACUGAAAUUCUGUUAAAA